UUCUUCCCUUCUCUAUUUUCCAACACACAAUAAUCUGCUAUUUCGCGAUUCUACUGCUCAAAAACCAGAUAAAAAGAGCAAAAUGCUGUAACAUUUUAGUAAAAUUCUCACUGCAUUUUUAGGUUUUGCCAUUUUUCUUAUCUGCUACAGUGCUACUGAUUCUGAUCUCUAUUGGGAGAAUAAGAUUCCUUUGUAUUCUUCCUACAUUUCAUGUUCUGUUUUGUAAUUUUUGCUAUUAUGAAUCGAUCACUCAACAUUUGGCGAUUUCACUCUGUUUUCGAAAUUUCAAUUUGGAAGAUGUCCCAUGGAUGAAAUAUUUAGUAAUCUGGAGCUGUGCAAGCUGGUGCUCCCUCUUGCAAUGGAGGUUGAGGAACUAUCUCCUUAUUGCUAUGCCAGCUGACUGACAAGAGUGGUGCUUUAAUGGCGUUGGAGUUUGAUGCGUCAGAGAUAGAGUACAUGAGCUACAGUGGUGAGCAUCACCUGCCACUGAUUAUGAAUCUCGUGGAUCAGGAGCUGAGUGAGCCCUAUUCCAUCUUCACCUACCGAUACUUCGUCUAUCUCUGGCCCAAUCUCUCUUUUCUCGCAUUCCAUAAAGGAAAAUGUGUUGGCACGGUGGUGUGCAAAAUGGGAGAUCAUCGCCAUACUUUCAGAGGAUACAUCGCCAUGCUUGUUGUUCUCAACUCUUACAGAGGCCGAGGCAUUGCAACUGAGCUUGUUAGUAGAUCAAUUAAAGUGAUGAUGGAAUCAGGUUGCGAGGAGGUAACACUAGAAGCAGAAGUGACCAAUAAAGGAGCGCUAGCACUGUAUGGUCGUCUGGGAUUUAUUAGAGCCAAGAGGCUUUUCCGGUACUACUUGAAUGGCGUUGAUGCUUUCCGGCUGAAGCUGUUGUUUCCUCGACCAGAACCAGACUACUCUGAUUCAAUUAAGUCGGUUGCGGAUGAGAGUGAGGAGCAUGGUGAUGGGAUGCCCCCUGAAGAAAGAACUAUACAGUAAUGCAACAUGUGUUGAUGGAGGGAGACUAUUGAAGAUGUUCGUUCCUUUAUAUCUUACCUCCAUAUCCACAUUUAUCGAUUUAAGCUAAGCUCGGAUGAUGCUGCUUUGGUUGUAGUGAAUAUCUUACCUCAUUACUUUUGCAACUUUGCUUAUGCAAAGCUUGUGAAUAAUAUGUUUUAGUGUAUUAAGAUGUAUGUUUUGGCUCAUUUUUUAUGUUAUCCAUUCUUUUGGCUCA